CUUGCGCCUCAGGUUUGGUUGAUAAACCUCAGCUCCUCGAACCACCAGUUACUCCUGCACCGAGGAGAACAGUGCGUCUGAGAGCCACGGUCACGGAGACGGGAUUUGCGCCUGUCACACACGGUCUCUCAGAUCAACAGUUCUGUGCUAUGCAAAAAACAUAAGAUGAGACAACUUGGGCACUAAAAGAAAACUGGUGUUGGAAGGAGCAGCCUUGCGUUGGACAAUUCCUCUUAAUUUCCUCGCCUCUCAAGAGACUAAACCAGACAGACUGUGCUCUUGAAAUCGUUCAUUUCAAGAGAAAUUCAGCAACUGAUGGCAAUGGAGCGGUCUCAUCUGAACAACAGCUCCGGCUCUUGGUUAUUGGAGGAUCCCGCCUGUCCAACCUCGCUCAGCAGCACCACUUUCCUCAUCGUAGCAUACAGCACCAUGUUAGCAGUGGGCCUGGUGGGCAACACUUGCCUGGUUUUGGUCAUUACACGACAAAAGGAGAUGCGCAAUGUGACUAACAUCUUCAUCGUCAAUCUCUCAUGCUCUGAUAUCCUUGUUUGCUUGGUGUGUUUACCAGUCACCAUUAUCUACACGCUUAUGGAUCGAUGGAUUUUGGGUGAGGCUUUGUGUAAGGUGACGCCGUUCGUUCAGUGUAUGUCUGUAACAGUUUCAAUUUUCUCCAUGGUUCUCAUUGCCUUGGAAAGGCACCAGCUCAUCAUCCAUCCCACCGGUUGGAAACCAGUCGUCAGACACUCUUACCUGGCUGUCGCGGUUAUCUGGAUCAUAGCAUGUUUUAUCUCCCUUCCAUUCCUUUCGUUCAACAUCCUCACAAACUCGCCCUUCCACAACCUCAGCCUUCCCUUCAAUCCCUUCAGCGAUCACUUUAUAUGCAUUGAACAAUGGCCAUCUGAGGGGAAUCGACUGACUUAUACCACAACGCUGCUGCUGUGCCAAUACUGCUUACCAUUGGCGCUCAUUCUCGUCUGUUAUUUUCGCAUAUUUUUGCGUCUGAGUCGCCGUAAAGACAUGGUCGAAAGGGCUCGAGGUGGGCGGCAGAAGAAGACCAAAGGCUCAAAGCGAGUUAACGCCAUGCUAGCCUCGAUUGUAGCCGCGUUUGCCCUCUGUUGGCUGCCACUGAAUGUUUUCAACACGAUUUUUGACUGGAACCACGAAGCAAUUCCAGUCUGUCAGCAUGACGCCAUUUUCUCAGCUUGUCACCUCACUGCCAUGGCGUCGACCUGUGUGAACCCAGUGAUCUAUGGGUUCCUAAACAAUAACUUCCAGAAGGAGCUGAAAUCGUUGCUUUCCAGGUGCCGCUGCUGGGGGCCACCCGAGAGUUAUGAAAGUUUUCCUUUGUCCACUGUCAGUACAGGCAUUACUAAGGGGUCUAUCCUGAGCAAUGGCUCUGCUAGCACCUAUCAACCACACAAGAAACACAGUUUGGAACAGAAAGAGACCAUUUAAAUGUGCUGGAUGGACUAUAAGGCUAUGUAUCUACCUACAUUUCAAGCGUCCAGAGGUGGCUUGAGAGCACCGCCAGUCAGUCUGUGCAAGAUUAGUGACUGAUUUUAAGGUUUGAACAGAGAAAAUCUGUGACAUUCCAAGUUCUCAUUGCUAAAACAUGUCCACUUGUCUUCUUUAAACACAAAAAUGGACUGAAACAUAUUAAGGAAAGGCUUACUAUAGCUGGGCUCUGCAGAGGAGAACCAUGUCAUGAUAAAUAUCAUUGCAAAUUGCGUUGCAGUUUUAACCACUGCUAAAAUGACUUUGGCCAAUUAAAUAUGCUGGUUUUGUGGCCAUUAUAUGGUGAGUUCUCAAUGGCACAGAAAGCCAUUUUUGCCAAUUAGAGCAAAGUUCUCUCUGAGAGACUUUAUAAUGAAAUACUGAGUGGAGGAGGCCUUUUCUUGUCAAAGUCUUUUUCAAUAUAUGUGACUUGGUAAAAAAA